AUGAAGGCAACAACAAAUAUAACAGGAGGAGAGAAGCUCACUAUGACCUUUAAAGAACUGGUAUUUUCCCCGGCGCUGGGUGGCGACGAAAUCCGCGGUACGUGUUUGGCCAGAGAAACGGAGGUCGCUCACAUGACAGAACUCCUGUAUCCAGGAUCACCAAACUCUGACAGUAUACUACAUAUAAAUUUUAUUCAGAUAAAUUGUUGUAAAAUGGGUUUUUUCCCACAGGGGAAUAUGGUUGGAUUAAACUGGUUUUCAAGGCUGCUUCUUCUUUUCUACAAACCAAGGAAAGAUUUCAAAUUUUCGACGCAAUUCAUUUCAAUAACAUUGGUUAGCGCUUUAACGAUCUUUCAGAUUCACAUCUUGCUUAUGGGUCACUUUUCCUUCUUCUACAACAUAAUUCCUGGACUUCUCUCUGCUUUUAUGCGAAUUCUAAAGGGCAUGCUUUUAGGAGUGAUUUUCAUCUCUCGUAUCGAUCGAACAUCACUGAUGCAGGGUUUCCAGGCUUGGGACAAAGCUUUUGUCGCAUACCUUGGUUUUGUGACUGUGCUGGUUGCCCACAACCAUCCUGUGAUGCUGGUGUUCUGUCAGUUGCUUAUUGACAGAAAAAAGAUCACCAGCCCCCGCAAGACGCGUCGUUAUUAUUGUGAAAUCGUGGAAAAUUUGGCAGAAAACGUACCCCAUUCCCCAAUGAAGGAAAAAAGACGGGAGCCCUGUCAGCCGCGCAUGUCUCAAAAGGCUGUAAACCGCUGGUUCCUGGCGGUGACUCUCCUACGCAACCCAUCUUUUAUCAAGUACCGCCGCCAAGGCCGCCAUUUCACCACAUCUGUUGUGACUCUUGAAAGCGUCAACUUUGACGUUCCAGUGUAA